GAAGAAAAAAAUAACGCGUGCAAGCAGCUUCAUUACUCAUUCCGUCCAGGUACAGCGGAUGCCAGCCGACCUAAAGCGCUCCGCUUUUGCUAUUCUUGUAUGUGUGUGUACACUUUGUGCUAGAUUAUCGGCUCGAGCAACAUUAUCGCUGCUGCAGUUUUAUCAAAGGCUUUGAUUCACAUUGGGAUAGCCGGCGCACAGCAUUAUCGCACUUGUGUACGUAUCAUCGGAUGCUUUUAUACGAUCGGGUGCGAUCAAACGAAUUAUCGGGUGCAGUCGUGCGGAGAAAUGAUGCAUUGAGGACGGCACUGCGUUGCGGUCGUAUCUUCCGAGCCACAUUACGCGCAUCUCAAUCGGGAGAACUGUCAAUAUUACGCGCAGGGAAACGCAAUGGCGACUCUUUUGCGCAAAAUCGGCCUCAUCCGCUUGCACGACCGAGACACGGAGGACCCGAAGCAUCAUCACCAAGGCUCGCUUAAAGGGACUAAAGGCAAAAACAACACGAAGCACUGCAACGCCAGCAACGAGACCAACAACAUCCUCAGCACGCCAGAGAUCAAAGCCAAGCGCUUCGACGUGUCCGGUAAGGAAAAACAAGUCGUCAAACAGGACAAACCGAUCAAGGACGCGAAGGAGAAACAGCAAACGAGGGGUAGCACGUCCACGAGCGCUGCCGUGAUGCCUCCGCACGCGGCGAACCGGCAGCACUGCACGCAGGUGCGGACGCGGAGACUGAUGAAGGAGCUGCAGGAGAUCCGGCGGCUCGGCGAUCACUUUAUCACGGUGGAGCUGGCGGACGAUAACCUGUUUGACUGGAACGUCAAGCUGCACCAGGUGGACAAGGACUCGGCGCUGUGGCAGGACAUGAAGGAGACCAACACCGAGUACAUACUGCUGAAUGUCACCUUCCCCGACAAUUUCCCCUUCUCUCCGCCGUUCAUGCGCGUCCUCACGCCGCGCCUGGAGAACGGAUACGUGCUAGACGGCGGUGCGAUCUGCAUGGAGUUAUUAACGCCUCGCGGCUGGUCGAGCGCGUACACCGUCGAGGCCGUGAUGAGGCAGUUCGCAGCCAGUCUGGUCAAAGGACAGGGCCGCAUCUGCAGGAAAGCAGGCAAGUCUAAGAAGUCCUUCAGUCGUAAGGAAGCCGAAGCUACCUUUAAAAGCCUGGUGAAGACCCACGAGAAAUAUGGCUGGGUUUCCCCGCCCGUGUCUGACGGCUGAUGUCAGCACCUUUGACGGCGAUCCUGACAUGGCUUUUUUUAGUUGGGUUUUCUUCUUUCUUCAUCAUCAAACUUAACCACGAGAAAAAAACGAAAGCUACCGCGUCAUAUCUCGCACAUCUCUGAACAUUCACAGUCGCCUCGAUCGGUCUUCACGCUUCAUACAGGUGCAAAGGACACCGGCUGUGACAUCACAACGACUGGCUGUGACAUCACCAUUUCUCAUGAGCGGGCGUCAUUACGACUGACUUUGGAUAUGAAAAAAGCUCAGAGCAAAGUGAAACGUGCACCUAUUUCACAACUUUAUAGGCCUGUGUACUUGUCUGUAUGUUUUUCCUCUUUCUCCAUCCAGACCAUUUCUCUUUUUUUAUAGCUGACAAUGCAUUGCACUGAACAGCGUCAGACUUGCCCCCAUUUACAUGCAAAUGACUUUGUUAAUACUUAAUAGAUAGGCAGAUCAUUACAGUACAUUUGAGGUUCAGUUGUUCUCGUUUCCUUCUCUUUGGCUGUGUUGUUUUUCACGGUUGGAUGCAACAUGAUGAUUGUAAUUUAUGUAGAGCUGUGCUCUCUCUCUCUCUCUUCUGUCUCUUUCUCUCCAUUACUCUCUAUACGCGUGGCAAAACGUAGACAUCACUGUGUUGCGUAGAUGGUCAUCGAUUUCCAAUGGAGAUAAAAUGCUAUUCUUGUUGCUUACGCAGAGGUCCGAGAAAAAAAUAAACGUUGUAGGGAACCACCUCUGUUGGUCAUUAUAUUAUUUGUUUUUGGAGAAGACCAAAAGCUCUUUAUUCUGAUGAUUUGGAUACCAGAUGGCUUGACGUCCCAAUGGGAUCUGGGUUAGCAUGUGACAUGUAUGGUGAUGUUUGCACGUCAGGCUUAUUCGAAAUCUCCCCGUGGAGAACAAAGCUGAAAACAAGCGGACUGAGCCCUUUGUUAGCGCCAGCAUAAGGACGUCGCUGUAACUUGGCACAUUGCGUGUCACAGCCGAUGGCCUGAGAGACAAAAUCUAUUGACGGCAGUACAAACAUUAAUUGUGUUGAUUUUCUUAUAUAGUUCUGGUUCAUGGAUCGAUACGUUUUUGGUUGUGGGCCCAAUACCUCAGUAAGCUAGAGACUAAAGCAGUGGUAACCAGGACAAAAUGGACGACAAACCAGGAUAAGAUCAUAAGAUGUAUUAUUUAGAAAAUGCAGGUCGGUCAGCUGGUCAAGGUCACGCGUACCUGGUGCCGCCCUCCACUGUCGAUAAAAUCCAGAAAAAGAUGGAAAGGGAAAGAGCGAGUGGGAAGAAUCCUUUGUUCACCAGCCUUGAGAAAUGAGGGCGGCCCGUUUAGUCACCUGAUUGAUGUUCCCUGACGCCUUGAUGCUUAUUGACUUCUUCAAAUGUCAGCGUGAAUCUGGAGCGCAGCGCAGGACUGCAUCUUGGGAGCGUCAAGAUGUAAAAGAGCUCUGUUGAUUUUAGAUUUCACCCAUGGUGCUCUCCACGCAGAAUCUGAAAUACGAACGGAAUGAUAGAUUGAGAUUGCUGUGAUCCAAAUAGGUGUAUUAAAGGAAUAGUUGUCCCAAAAAUUAAAAUAUGCCGUCGUUUACUCAUCUUCAUGUCGUUCCGAACACGUAUGGUUUGUUGUUGAAGGUUGUACUGGCCAGACAAACAGUUUGAAAUCCAUACGUCUAAAGAAGUUGAUAGUAUUUGCAUCUCAUGUUGUGUGUCACAGAAGAAUGAAAGCUCAAACAGGAUUUGGCUGAGUAAUCAAUGAUGUUUCAUCGGGAAAAAUCGGAUGUUCUUGCUGGUUGCAACACAAUCUAGGGCUGGGUGGUAUAUCGAAUUUUGGUAAUAUAUUGGCAUAUUUUCCCAGCGGGAUAUAGGAUGAGACAAUACCGUCUAUAUCGGUACGUCUGAUAGGACCAUCCUUUGCAACAGAAGCUUUGCCGGAAAUGUACACUGAGGUCAGAUGUAAGCUUUCCAACCAGCUCGUAUGUUGUGCAGCUGUGUAUUUUCAAAUGGGGAGGAAACCCCUGUCUUUGAAUUUAAUUUUCAUCAUACGCUGCCUUAAUAAAAGUGAUUGUGACAUCUCACAAGGCUUUGACUUGCAUGUAAACAUUUAUUCAACUUUCCAGAAAAUACAGAGAUAUUUAUCGCACAUACCGAGAUGCGAAUUUGGGCCGAUAUCGUCCAGCCCUAACGCAAUCGAAUGACAAUUCGAAACGAUUUUACGUUUUAGAUACUUGGUGGCUAAUUCAUAUGAAUUUGUGCGAUGUCAUUUGUGUCCCUGAGUCACAAAACCAUCACCUGAAAGCUGAAUAAAUAGCAUUUUCAUUGUAACAUGCAUGGUUUAAAAUUUGGCCGAGAUACAAAAAAUCUGUAAUCUGAGGGUGCAUAAAAAUCGAAUAUUGAGAAAAUCGCCUUUAAAGUUGUCCAAAUGAAGUUAUUAGCAACUGCAUCCACUCAUAAAAAAAGUUUUGAAAAUAUAUUUAGGGUACAUGAUCUUUACAUAAUAUCCUAAUGAUUUUUGGCAAUUUUGACCCAUCCAAUGUAUUUUUGGCUAUUGGUACGAAUAUAUGUGUGACUUAAAGGGACACUCCACGUUUUUUGAAAAUAUGCUAAUUUUUCAGCUCCCCUAGAGUUAAACAACCUUUUUGUAAUCCAUUCAGCUGAUCUCUGGGUCUGGCGGUACCACUUUUAGCAUAGCUUAGCAUAAUCCAUUGAAUCGGAUUAGACCAUUAGCAUCACGCUAAAAAAAUGACCAAAGAGUUUCGAUAUUUUUCCUAUUUAAAACUUGACUCUUCUGUAGUUACAUCGUGUACUAAGAUCGACGGAAAAUUAAAAGUUGAGAUUUUUUUUAGCAGAUAUGGCUAGGAACUAUACUCUCAUUCUGGCGUAAUAAUCAAGGAAUUUGCUGCCGUACAAUGGCUGCAGGAGGCACAGUGAUAAUACAGACUCCCAAAAAUAGUCCCCUUGGUAACUUUCAAUAGCAGGGGACUAUUUUCAAAUAAAUUGGAGUGUCCUUUAAGACUUAUUUUCUGUGGUCCAGGGUCUCAUUUGUACAUUUUCUAUGGUCUGCUUUUGCCCAAAUGACGGUUGUGUUUAGGAGUGGGUGUUAUUGCAGAAUUGUGGUCCAUAAUUUGCCUGUACACGAGGGUAAUGCAGUUUUCGUCAUCAGAAGAGUGUGCGUGUACUGUAUGCGAUUUUUGAAACCCUGCGUACAGUGUACAUGAAGUUCGCCCAUGCACCCAUGUAGCAUGUAAUGCACAUGCAUUGCACACGUGUGUAUGAGUCAAAUGAACUAUGCUUUGCAAGGCUGUGCAGUCAAAUAUGUGCGUACGCUCACUUUUGUGUAAAAACAGACUAUACCCAGGGCUUAAGAGUCGUCCAUCAUGCAUUCUUUUUCCUUAAAAUCGUAUAGUAAAACUCGCAUAGUACGAAUUUAUAUGAAUUGCCACCUUGUAUAAUAGUGACAUUUUCUUGUGAGUAUGAGUAGGCCUAUUGCGUUUGAAUUAUGAAACGGGAAGAUGCUGAUGUGGUUUUCCACAUGGAAGGACUGAGAGAGAUUCUAGACUGAGAUUAGUUUGUAAUUGAUUUAUUAUUUAUUUAUGCGUAGUAGCUGUCCUUGUGUUUAUGAUAAUAAGGAAAUCCAAUCCAGUGGAAGUGUCAAGUGCUUUAAAUGGGAGUCAAAGCACUCCAUUCUGCUGUAUGCAAUGAUUGUGAAAAUUGAAAUGACGUUAAUCACCAGAAAACAUCAAAUUUGUGCACGUGUUAUUGCAGCGGUUGUGAUUGCGCAAGUCGCGGUGGCUUAUUGCAAAUUUGUGUGUCUGGAUGCAGAUGGUAUGUUGUAUCGGCACUAAAGAGCGUUUGGUCUUCCCCGGAGACAUUGUUGAGAAGUGGUUGUGUGUUUUCCUAUUUAGCGAGAGGAGAUACUAUACCAAGGACUUACUAUAACCAGUCAAAAAUAUCUCGAAAUUGGAUGUUUGCCGGUUUAAAGCGCAUCAUUUUGUGAUAUAGUUUAGAUCUGUAGUUCGCAGAAACUAACUAACAGAGUUAAUCGUCCAAUCGAGUGAGAUGAUUCUGUUGUAUUAUAUCUGCAUGUGGUCUGUGAUUGUUAGCUAGCUAACUUGUUUUCUUUUUCUUUGUUUUUCACCAGAAAAAAAGAAAUGGAAAAAAAAAAACGCAGAAUAUGCUUUCAGUUCGUCCUAAUUUCCGUUAUUAAUGUCCUUAAAUGUCGAAUUGUGUUCUAUGAAUGUGUUUUAAUUUAUUUGUAGUUUGCCAAAAUGAAGAUUUUGAAGCAUGUUGCAGGCAUUGUCACUGAUGAUAAAAGAGAAAGAAAAACAAAUAAAUGACAAAUAUAAUAUAUGUA